GGGUGGGGAGGGGGAGGCGGAGGAUGAGUUGCAAAUGUCAAAAGGCCCAGCGUGUGGACCAAAAGCCCCCAACCGUCACCUCGCUCCUGGGACAAAACUUGAGCCGUGGAGGGGUCCUGACGGCUUCCCUUCCCCCUCUUGGGGCCUUUUCCAAGGCCGCCUCGCUGUCCUUCGGACGAGACUCUCCAUUCACCUCAUUUUUCACUUUUGUCCGCUCCUGGUUGCGUUUAGAAGGCAUGGGAAUUGGCUGGAAGCGAAAGAUUAUGCAAAAGAAAGGUAUGGAAUAUUGCCAAUGAUACAGUCACAGGAAAAACCAGAUCGUGUGUUGGUACGAAUAAAGGAUUUGACAGGAGAGAAAGCUGAUGAAACUGUUUGGGUUCGUGGCAGGAUUCAUACUAGUAGAGCAAAAGGAAAACAGUGUUUCUUAGUCAUACGUCAGCAACAGUUUAACAUCCAGGCUUUAGUGGCUGUGGGAGACCAUGCAAGUAAGCAGAUGGUAAAGUUUGCUGCCAACAUCAACAAAGAGAGCAUUGUUGACAUAGAAGGUGUAAUAAGAAAAGUGCCAAAUAAAAUUGGCAGCUGCACCCAGCAAGAUGUUGAACUCCACAUUCAGAGGAUAUAUGUAAUCAGUUUGGCUGAACCGCGACUGCCCUUGCAGCUGGAUGAUGCCAUUCGGCCAGAGGUUGAAGGAGAAGAGGAAGGAAGAGCUACAGUGAACCAGGAUACAAGAUUGGACAACAGAGUUAUUGACUUGAGGACUUCCACUAGUCAAGCUGUCUUCCGUGUCCAGUCUGGUGUUUGUCAACUUUUUCGAGAAACUCUCAUUCAUAAGGGAUUUGUGGAAAUUCAGACUCCAAAGAUUAUUUCUGCUGCCAGUGAAGGUGGUGCCAAUGUAUUUACUGUGUCCUACUUCAAAAGCAGUGCCUACCUUGCACAGUCCCCUCAGCUUUACAAGCAGAUGUGUAUUUGUGCUGACUUUGAUAAGGUUUUCUGCAUUGGACCAGUAUUUAGAGCAGAAGAUUCUAACACUCAUAGACACUUGACGGAAUUUGUUGGUCUGGAUAUUGAAAUGGCUUUUAAUUACCAUUAUCAUGAAGUGGUGGAUGAGAUUGCAGAUACCCUGGUGCAAAUUUUCAAGGGACUCCAAGAAAGGUUUCAGACUGAAAUCCAGACAGUGUGCAAACAGUUUCCAUGUGAGCCAUUCAAGUUCCUGGAGCCAACACUGAGGCUGGAGUACCGGGAGGCCCUGGCUAUGCUUCGGGAAGCUGGAGUGGAGAUGGGUGAUGAAGAUGACCUCAGUACACCAAGUGAAAAGCUCUUGGGCCGUCUGGUGAAGGAAAAGUAUGACACCGACUUUUAUAUUCUUGACAAAUAUCCACUGGCUGUAAGACCUUUCUACACAAUGCCUGACCCAGCAAAUCCUAUAACCUCCAACUCCUAUGAUAUGUUCAUGAGAGGAGAAGAGAUUCUGUCUGGGGCACAGAGAAUUCAUGAUCCAGAGCUGUUGACUGAGAGAGCCUUACAUCAUGGCAUUGAUUUAGAGAAAAUUAAGUCUUAUAUCGAUUCGUUUCGUUUUGGUGCACCUCCCCAUGCAGGUGGCGGCAUAGGCUUGGAAAGAGUCACCAUGUUGUAUCUUGGGUUGAGCAAUGUCCGGCAGACAUCCAUGUUUCCCCGUGAUCCAAAGCGUCUCACACCUUAAGAAGACUACAACGUCAGGUUUCAAAGAUUUAAUGUUGCUUCCAACAAUCCAGCAUAAAUCAAUAUGCAGUGGGAGGAUAUCUCAUCUACUCAAGUGCCACAAUAACAAUCAUUCAACUCAUUACUAAUGUUUAAAUUCAGCUACUUUAACUGAUCUGGAGUGCUACAGAAAAUGUCAUAACUUUUUAAGAAAAUAAUAAAUCAAAGUACUACAGUAUUGCCUUGUAGGUAAGCAAAUUUCUUAAAAAACCUCAAAUUUUAAUAAAAUUCAUAGUUUUGCAUAGUUUAUUUCAACAUGUGACAGCAAGGUAAUAAAAUCUCAGAUUACAUUUUUGUCAAUAACAAUGCAGUGUGAAAAGUAAAUUGAGCAAGAAUUUUCUUGAGAAGCAACUGGAAAUAGUGAGCAGUUUGAUCUUACUAAAAUGAAAAAGAUUGCAAUAAAACUUCUAACAAUUC